AUGAGAGCACGCCGACAUGACCUUAUUUUGCAGACACCGGGCACCGAGGCCAACCCACCCAGAGCGCCGUUACCAAUCGCUUCGCGUUCGGGAGCUGCGGUGAUCGCAGCCUCCGAGCCACCGCCGCCUCUCUCAGACGCGACCGGAGCUCGGCACAUAGCGGCGGCCCUGCGGGCUGCCCUCAGCCGUCCGCCUGCCCCCCGCCUCUCCCCCAGGCCGGCCUCGGGAACGCCCCGCAGGGCACUCGGGCGGCAGCCGUCGCGGCGUGACUCACGGCGGGGCCUCUCCUCCCCCUCCCCGCCCGGGACGGCCCGCGCAGCGCAGCGGACGCGUAGCUCGCAGAGCCAUGGCGCGGAGCCGCGCCGCUGUUCGCCUUCUCCUCCUCUUCCUCAUGUGCGGCUCCGCCGCGGCUGGGUACGUGGGGCAGAGGUGGGCGGCCGGGCUGCCCGGGGAACAUCGCCCCCGGCCCGGGGUCUGCGAGAGGACGGCUCGGAACGCGUCCCGUUGGCUGGACGCAUGCCGCUGUCUGGGCUAACGCAUCUCUCCCGCUCUCUCUUUUGCAGACCUACGUUCCUGGUGGCGGCUCCCUGGAACAUCAGGCCCGGAGCCAGUGUCACCGUCGGGGUGGCCCUACUGCCCGGCAGCCCCGCGCAGGUCGCCGUGCGGGGAGCGCUGCUCAGGGACAAUCAGACCGUGCUCAGCAGGGAGCUGAUCUUCGAGAGAGAUUCCUUUGGGACUCUUGUUCUUCCAAUAUUGCCAUUGGAAAGUGCUUCUGGGACUUAUGAAUUACUGGUGGAAGGCCAUGCUGAUGGCCAGCGUGUCUUCUCUAACCGUACCAGCUUGAUAUACACAGCAAAGAGUAUCUCUGUAUUCAUUCAAACUGAUAAAUCUACAUACAAACCAGGACAGGAUGUCAUGUUUCGGAUUGUCACUGUCUAUCCUGAUCUCAAACCUUACAAAGCUUCUCUAAAUAUAUAUGUACGGGACCCUCGGAAGAAGUUGAUUCAGCAGUGGUUGCUGGAGGAGGGUGAUUUAGGUGUAGUUUCAAAAAAAUUUCAGUUAUCAAAGAAUCCUCCACUAGGAGACUGGUCCAUAGAUGUGGAAGUAAAUGGUCAAGUACAUUAUCAAAGUUUUAAAGUGAUAGAAUAUGUUUUACCAAAAUUUGAUGUUACAAUAACAACACCAUUAUACUACUCCUUGAGAGAGAAAGAUGUAAGUGGUGUUGUCACUGCAAAGUAUACAUAUGGAAAGCCGGUGAAGGGAAAUGUGACAGUCACCUGUCUGUCUGUCUCUUACUGGACAAACAAGAGGAACAUAACAAAAACAAUGGAGAUAAAUGGAUCUGUGAAUAUUACUUGUAACAAGCUCAUGUUGCAAAACUUGAAUGGGGAUCAGUCGUGGCACCAUGGUGAUGAUGAUUACACUGAGCCAGUAGAAAUCAUUGCUGUGGUUACUGAGUCACUUACAGGAAUCUCUCAGAAUUCAAGUACUAUCAUAUUUCCAAAGCAAAGUGACUAUUUCAUUGAAUUUGUGGACUACUCUAGAGUCAUAAAACCUUCUCUGAAUUUCAUCGCUACUCUAAAGGUGACACGUUCUGACAGCAACCAGCUGACAACUGAAGAGAGGCAAAAUCUUGUCACAGUCACUGCACAACAGUCGGACCUGUUUUUUCACCACUCUUCACUUUCUCACUUUGAGAAUGAGGCAACAGAGGAGAGAAAUAAGACGAUCCAUGUCCUGAAUUACACAGUCCCACAAAAUGGAAUUAUUGAUAUUGAGUUUCCAAUCCUAUCCAAUACAAAAACUUUGAGAGUUCAGGCAGAGUUCCUCAACAGUAAGACUGACAUAGGCGUUUAUGAUGUGUUCAGCUCUCCCAGUGAAACUUACCUCCAGGUUAAAACAAAGAGCCAAGAAGUGAAGGCUGGGAAACCUUUUGAACUAAAUAUUGAAAGCAACAAGCCAGUAAGAGAGUUCCAUUACCUGGUGUUAUCUAAGGAACAAAUUAUGACUUCUGGCACAAUGGUUGAAAAAACAUUCAAUUUAACAGCAGAAAAUUCCUGGGCUCCUCUGGCAUGUAUACUUGUAUUCUAUGUUGAUGAACAUGGAGCAGUUGUAAAUGAUGCUCUUACAAUCCCUGUUCAGCCUGCUUUGGACAACAAGAUUAAGAUUUCUUGGAGCAAAGAUAAAGUCAAACCGUCUGAGAAAGUGUCCCUUAAGAUCAGUACAACAGAUCCAGAAUCAGUAGUUGGACUUGCAGUUGUUGAUAAAAGUACAAAGCUUCUAGGAGACAGUAGUGACAUAACUGAAGAUUCUGUAUUUCAUGAACUCAAUUUAUAUAAUACAGCACAGUAUUUCCCCCUUGUCAGAGGUUCCUUUGGUGUCUUUCAGAAAUGCAGCCUUUGGGUAUCAACUGAUGCAAUUCUUGAGGAGGAUAAAGAACAUUUUCUUUAUGAUGGAAUGAUACCCAUAGAGGAUGGCUUUGGUGAUGAUCUGCCAGUAGCUAGAGAUGGACCUCUAGAUUUUAGCACUCCGUAUGUAAGGACGUAUUUUCCAGAGACUUGGCUUUGGAUUGAUACCAAAACUAGAUCUGAUGCAGAUACCACAAUGGAAGUCACUGUACCUGAUACCAUCACGUCCUGGGUAGCCAGUGCUUUUGUGCUUUCUAAAAACGGCGGUCUUGGAGUGACAACUGUUCCAGCAGAGCUAGAAGCUUUUCAACCUUUCUUUGUUUUUCUGAACCUUCCAUACUCUGUCAUCAGAGGAGAGCAGUUCGUUUUGGAAGUGAAUAUCUUUAAUUAUUUGAAAGAAGAAGCCGAGGUUAAUGUGAUCCUGGAUAUGAAUGAUGCUUUUGAAAUUAUUCUAACAUCCAAUGAAAUAAAUGCUACAGGAAAUCAACAGUCUAUAUUUGUACCAAGUGAAGAUGGAAAAACUGUUCAAUUUCCAAUCAAACCAAAACAGCUGGGAGAGAUUCCCAUCAAAGUGACAGCAAUAUCGUCUGCUGCUUCUGAUGCUAUCAUCCAAAAAGUUUUAGUAAAGGCUGAAGGAUUGGAACAAACAUAUUCUCAGACACUCCUUUUGGAUUUAACUGGGGGUAAACAACAAGCAGUGAGAAAAACUUUGGAUUUCACUUUUCCUUCUGAUGUUGUAAGUGGUAGUGAAAGAGUGCAGGUCACUGCUAUAGGUGAUUUACUUGGACCUUCAAUCAAUGGUUUGUCAUCAUUGAUUAAGAUGCCUUAUGGCUGUGGUGAACAGAAUAUGAUCAAUUUUGCUCCAAAUGUUUAUAUUUUGCAAUACCUUACUAAAACGAGACAGCUGAGAGAGGAUAUUCAAUCAAAAGCAUUAUCAUUUAUGAGAAAAGGAUAUCAAAGAGAGCUGCUUUUCCAGAGGGAUGAUGGCUCUUUUAGUGCCUUUGGAAAUGAAGAUCCCUCUGGGAGCACGUGGUUAUCAGCUUUUGUGUUAAGAUGCUUUUUUCAAGCUCGUCCAUUUAUAGAUAUAGAUAAAGAUGUACUCAUGGAUACAGCUAAAUGGAUUGUUGGACAUCAGAAAUCAAAUGGAGAAUUUCAGGAACCUGGCAAAGUUUUACACAGUGACCUUCAAGGAGGCACCAAUAAUCCAAUCACCCUCACAGCAUAUAUCAUGUCUUCUCUCCUUGGGUUCCAAGAUAAAGAGCAUGCUUAUGUCAUUAAGAGAGCUACAAACUUUCUGGAAGAUAAAUUAAAAGAAGGCAUUUCGGAUAAUUAUACAUUAGCAGUUGUGACGUACGCUUUGUCGUGGGCGAAAAGUACAAAAGCAAAGGAAGCCUUGAGUAUGCUGAAUGAGAGAGCAGAACAACAAGGAGAAUUUCGUUUCUGGACAACACCUGCUUCUGAAAUUUCUGAUUCCUGGCAGCCACGGUCCAUUGAUAUUGAACUUGCAGCAUAUGCUCUGCUCUCACACUUUCAUCAGGACAGGCUGGAGGAAGGGAUACCUAUUAUGAAAUGGCUAAGUCAGCAAAGAAAUCAUCUUGGAGGAUUUUCAUCUACACAGGACACUGUAGUGGCUCUGCAAGCCUUGAGUCUAUUUGCAGCUCUUACCAGUGCACACAAAACAGAAAUGGAUGUAACAGUUACUGCAACAUCUUUGGAAACCCCAGAAAUAUUUUCAAUUGACACUCAAAACCGUUUUCUGCUUCAAACCAAGGAGAUUCCCCCGGUGCAACCGAUCACAGUUACAGUUUCAGCAGAGGGAAGAGGAUUUGCUGUCUUUCAGCUCAAUGUUAUUUACAACACAAAACACACUGAUCGAAGUCUCAGAUCUGUCCAAAAACAGAAAGCUUUUGACUUGAAUGUUGAUGUAAAGGAUGAUAAAGAUGAUAUGAACCAUUUGACCUUGAAUGUGUGCACAAGGUACUUGGGGUCUGAUGCAUCUCCCAAUAGUGGUAUGGUCCUCAUGGAGGUUGGCUUACUCAGUGGUUUCUCUGUGUCACCAGAUUUCAUUCCAUUAGACAAUACAGUUAAGAAGAUGGAAAAGGAAAAUGGAAAAGUCAACCUAUACUUAGACACUCUAAAUGCAACACAGUUUUGUAUGGAUAUUCCGACUGUAAGAGACUUCAAAGUGGCAAAUAUUCAAGAUGCUUCUGUGAGUGUAGUGGAUUACUAUGAACCCAGGAGAAGAGCAGUGAGAAGCUACAAUUCAGAAGUAAUGCAAAGCAUAACCCCUUGUGACUUCUGUGAAAGUGACUGCAACCUUUGCCACCGAGCUGGUUCUCCAGCCCUGCUUCAGCACUCUUCCUUGGCUUCCUUGUUCUGCGUGCUGUUUGUCCUUCAUGUAAACUUGAUGUGCAGUUGGGUGCUGUAAGAGAAAACAUUGCUUCACAUCUAAUGUUUCCAUAAAUUAUCCAAAGAAAAUUUUAUGUUCAGAUACUAGCCUGCCUUCAGUGAUCACAGUGACCUAACUCCUGCUGUGUUCAAGGAGAGCAGGUCUGGCCCAUAUGGUAAAUUUCUGGCUGUGCCAGAAAACUUCUUUAAGUGUCUGCUGGAAAUACUUUCCAAGUGUUAGUUUCAUAUUGAAGUUAUUUUCUAAAGAAGCGAAGUUACUGAGAAAGCAGUUUGAGAAAAUGCAAACCUAGCUCCCCACUCCGGCUUCCUUUCAUCCUAGCUUUCAUUUUUGCAAAUAUAUAUUUAGAAAUAUACAUUACAUUAGUUUACAUUGCUCUUCUGAAAAACCACCUCCUUCCCUGGUAAACAGAGCAUUGGGAGCUGGGUAUCAGAGCUUGCAUUGUUGGGUUCUGCAGACAUGACACUUAAUAUUAGUAUUUAGCUUCUCUGUAUGCUCUCAUGGGGAGAAAUAUAAAAAAUAAAAGGAACUGGCUUCAGAGCUGAUCCAUGAGCCAAAAAGGACUGCGUUCACAAACUGCUGAACAUUCCAGAAAAUUAUCAGUCUUUUUUAAAUGAUUACAGAGAAGCCAGGUGAAUUUUUUGCCAAUUUGUGAUUAAUCAUGUUUGAAAAUAAUGCCUCCGGAUGUUUUCAUGGAUUUUACGCUGCAAGUCUUUCACUGUAAAUCAUCAAAGAAGGAGUCUGAGACUUUGUUUUUCCACGGUUCUCUUUCCUUGUGAGAAUACUUGUGUUCCCUGGCAUAUUUAUGGCCACUGGGAUGAAGAUUGCCUUGAUCCUUGUCUGCUUCAGGAAGUUUUCUGGAAGUGUCACUCUUUAGGGGAUCGUUUAUGUCUUGCGUAGACAAUAUACAAGUCUUUUUGACAAUAUAAGUGCCAUAACUCUUCAACAGCUGCUCUGUGCCAUGUCAGCUGGUUGACUCUGAGUGCCAUGUGUUCGUGUAAGUCCUGUUUUUGUUGAUGGAAAGGUUUUUAGGAGUUGUGAGCUCCACAUGCAUUCUGUUCAGUGAAACACUAAACAUAUUUGUAUGUUUACAUACAUCCUGGUAUAUUUAAGUGCCUUGCUGGAGUGGGAGGGAAAAGAAGGAUGGUGAAACCUUUUUGGAACAGCAGCCAUUUACACCCAAACCUUCUCUUUGUGCACUGGGAGAAUUAUAUGGAUGUGGAAAUGAGUACAUUUGAGAACCCUACCAGUGAGCAUCUUCCUGAAUGAAGCUCUUCACUGUCUGGCAAUCAUUUUAACCUUUUUGCAAACUGCCUUUGAUAUUUAAUGCUUACUUCUUUUUAACAAGAAAGCCAAUAACAUUUCUGCUUAUUGAAAUGAAGUUAAUUAUUGUUAUGCUGACUAUAAGAGUUAGAAAUUUUAAGGCUAUUUUUCUUUCUUUCAUAUCUUUCAGAGACGGAGUGUGUAUGUGUACACAUGUAAUUAUAUGGUAGUCACUUUCCUUGAGCAAUUUCUAAUUUUUAUUCAAAUUUUGCUACCGCUUAAAAUGUAUAUUUUUGUAUUUUAUGCUUAUGUGUAUUUUUGUUCAGAAAAGGAAAUUAGAUCAUGGUAGCAUGGGAAGAGGUCAGAAUUUCUUGAACCCUGUGCCUUUUUAAUAAUGAGUUAUAGCUUUUUGACUACAAAUCUAGUUUGGGUGUUAUUUGUUCUACUUUACCUGUACUUAGAAUUUGAAAUAUUUUUACAAACUUGGAAUUCUGUCUCUCUGACAGAGUUACGUUUUUUUUUGUAGUCAGUCUGUGCUUUUCACUUGUCAUUGGUGCCCCUUGAGUAGUUGAUUAGUGCCUUAUGAGUUUCUGUGCUGCUCUGAUCCUCUCAAAGUGAUAUUGUAUGUAUUGAAAUUCAAAGCACUAUUUAGUUGAUAGAAUGCAGAUGUAACCCCCUUGUAAGACAUGUCCUUGCUUAUAGGGAUCCAAAGCUAAGUGAAGCCAAGAUAGAAAAAUGACAUGGAUUUUUGUCUCAAACUCUUUACUCAUAGGAUUGAAUUGUGUCAAAUGUAAGAUGUGGAAAACGUUCACAUGCUAACCUAGAAUAUCUUUCACUAUGGGUUUCAAUUCCUGAUGAAGUAGGAUAGCAGAUAAUCUUUUGCCUUUGGGGACAGCAGCCUUGACAUCUCAUUUGCUUUCCUUUGCUAUAAUUUCAAGAACACAAAGCUCACAUGCUUUCAGUUAUGCUAUAGGUAGAGCUUCUAAGGCAGACAUAGAUAUCUGAUUGAUGUUAUAAUGAAGAGGUUUAUUUUUUACCGCAGAUGUGCUGGAAAUAACCUACUCCUUUGCAGUAGAUAGGAGGAAUAUAAUCAUAGUUUUAUUUUGCACGCAGUCCCAUCUUCCUGAAUACCCCCUGAAGAAAGAGACUCAAACUGCUCUGCCUAAUUUCAGAGAGAGCAACUUUUAUUAGUAUUACCUUGCAUUUGUUUUUGAGACAAACAACAUAUGUUUUUAAAUGACUCUUGGCUGUCUUGUACACCCUAGUAAGAGGCAUCAGUCAUAAUCCACUGCGUCACAGAAAUUGUUAUUCAGUGAACAAACAUCCUUUCUUAUUUUGUUUGUUUUCUAUAAUGUAGUAUUUCACUUCAGACAUCCAAAUCUGCUCUGUAGUAAGCUACUUUAAAGGCACCAUGUACAGCAUGACUUUAAACAAAUGUUUGUGUUAGGUGGCCUUAACUUCCAUACACUGCUGCCUUGAAAGAUGCCUUUAGUCACUUUGCACUGUGACUAUUUUCUUGAGUAAGUUGCAGAGGAUUUUGUAUUGCAUGUUGGCAGUGAAUGGGACAGAGGAAAGGCAAUAUUAUGUGGCACAAUGACUCAGUGUUUUCCUCUUUGUCGGAGCCUGUGCAUAAAUGCUCAUUAUGUGUAUUUUUUCCACUCAUCUGUACAGUCAGUUCUUGAUGUUAGAAAUUACUAGGAAAUCUUUUAGUAAAAAGUCUUUAGGAAAACAUUGAACAAAAUCUUUAAAAGCUUUAAAGUGGUGCUAAAAGCAGUCGGGAAAUGAUAUUUCAUAAUGGAGUCUUCCUAUUGCAUUGCCUGAACACUUUUUGUGUGGUUGCUCCUUGUUUGAAACCUGAGUACUCUCUGGUACAUCCAGUGCUCUUUUCAGCUCUAUGUUACCAAUGGAUAGUCUAUGUAGAACCAUUAACCUCAUAUUAAAUCAUCAAGAAAUAAUCAUUUAUUUAAGACUGGCUUUAAAGCAAAACCUUAAUGCAUUUUAAAGGAUCUCUCUCCUCUCUUGACUGCCAUCCUCCAUCCCACAGGUGAGCUUUUCUGUACAGAUGUCUCUGUGUAUGUCAUCUAGAAGCCUUCUGUGCUGAAUGCUGGUACACAACAGGAAGCGCUUGUCCUGUGACAAGUGCUGCGUAAUGUGUUCACAGCAACUUCAAGUUUGCCAGCACUGCUCAAAUGCCUGGUUUGUUUACCAGCUUGAUAUCUUUGUGCCCCAUUUACUUCUCAAACAAGAGCUUGUGGUUGUGCAAGAGGUUGUGCACAUCAGUGGCACACGAUAAAGGAGAAAACUAGCCACACCAGUGCAGGAGAAACUGAAGAGUCAGGAUCCAACAUUACUUGCCUAUCUUUGGCUUGAAUGUUGCUUGUUAAAAUUGGAUUUGAGUUUUUAGAAUUGCUUUCAGUAAAUUUUCAAAAUACUGUCCUAACAGUAUUUCUCCAAAUGUGUUCAGGUCGGUAUGAAUUUUGACAAUACUUGGUUGCAAGCAGAUUUAUGUAGAAAGCAUAUGUAUGUAUAUAGAUAGCUGUUAUAUAGGCUCCAGUGUACUACUGUGUGCAAUCUAUGUGCAAUUAAAGCAUACAAGAUCUUCAAAAAGUAGCCAAACAUUGUAUGAUAUUCUGUUUUGUAAAAUACAAAUCUAGAAUUUUUGGAAAGAUAUAUGUGGAAAGCAACUGAUGCCUAAUGGAAUCAUUUCUAGAUCUCAAACACUAACCAAAAAGGACAAAAUCACCCAUAUUAUUCAAUUUUAAUGGUCAAUGAUUUUCCUUAUAGCUUUUGUUUUUGUGAUACAAAUCUUUAUUCAGUAAACCAUCUUUGUGUAAGUACAGAGAAUACUUUCAGUUUUAUCACCAGUAAUUUAUAGGUAAAAAUUUUAUCACUAGUAAUUUAUAGAAAAAAAUAAAACAGCAGUUUUGUGAUCAGGCCUUUUGAGUUUGUAUUAGAUUCUCCUUUACCCUAUGUCAAAAUAAAUUUUACUUCAUUAUUAUUUCUUAUUCAGUUUAUUGUACUUUUGUGUGCCACUUGAAAAUAUCAUUGCACUAAUGCUAUUUUAUGCAAUAAGGUCUGACAUCGUGCUGUGUUAGAUAAAUCCAGUGAUCAUUUUUCCUAAUGGGUAGCUUUUUCUUAUCGGAUGCAUUGGAGCAUCAUUUUUAUAUGUGCUAUUGUUCAAUCACGGGAACUCCAGUGCUAAGAUUUCUCUUCAGUUUCGUAUGAUGCGUUUUGUUGAUGUAUUUCUUAGUGUUAUCCAAAAGCUUCAUCAGCCAGCUCAGAUUUUGAGGUGUUAUAUUAUAAAUGGAUUUCUUGUGUUGAAUUCUAGUAUUGUUAGAUUGGGUGGAAUAUUAAUAUGAUGAAAAAUAUAAAAAUGCUGGCUCAAGGGAAGUGGCAUAAAUGCAGAUGUAACAAAGUAAACUUUAACUGUCCUACUGGCCGUUGCAUCUCUUGUUUUUCUAUGUCAAGCCUUAAGCAAUUUAAACUAAAAUUCUUGGCUUCUUGAGACAUAGACAGAAAUGCACUUUGAUCUAUAUUAUGAUCAUCAUACAUAAUUUCACUUUUGAUCAAAACAGAAAUAGUUAAAAAAAAAAAAAAAAAAAGGAAAAAAAAAGUAAUCCUUCUAUAAUCUGUUUCGAGUAAAUGGAGGUGAAAUAGCAUGGUUGUGUCCUUUCAAUUAACGGAACAAAUAUUAAGGAAUUAAACUGAUUUACAGGAUUUUGAAAACUUGUCAUUGAUUUAUUUUUCUUCAAAUAAAGAUUACAAUAGUUAUUUUUAAAUUUUAUUAAAGAUGAAUUUUAAUAAUAAUAUGUUCAGUGUUUGGUUGUUGAAUAAUAUGGUUGCUUGUAGGACAUGACUGUUUCUGUACUCUGUGGACUGCUGCUCAUUCUCAGCACUUCUUAGGUGCUGCCUCACAGGUAUUUUAAAGCUUUAUGGAGCUGCAGUGGUGGGUUUCCAUGGUUGAGCUGCUAAACAUGACCUUGCAGAACAUUAUCUGGGAGUUUUCUGAUGAGGAAUUUCCACAUUCUAAAAACAUAUUUUACUCGACUGGAAGUCAUCUUUAGACUUCUCUCAGUAAUUUUUCAACAGUGUUGGGAAUUUGGAGAAGUCUCAGUCAACUGGAAACUGGCAAGUGUCCCAUUUUUCAAGAAGGGCAAGAAAGAAGACCCUGGCAAUUACAGAUCAUUCUGACAUUCACAGUUCAAUGCCUGGUAAAAUUACAGAGAAGAUUAUUCUGGGAGUUACUAUUCUGAAGAGUAUUCUGAAAGACAAUGCAGUCAUUAGUCACAGCCAACAUAUGUUUGUGAGGGGAAGCCCUGUUCAACAAACUUAAUUUUGUUUUAUGACAAGAUUAGCCAACUAGUUGACCAGGAGAAGCCAAUUAAUGUAAUAUUUUUGGACUUCAGUGAAAGUUUUAGUAAUGUCUCUCAUUCUAUCCUUCUGGAAAAAAAUGCCUAGCAUACAGCUAGACCAAAAUAUAAUGUGAUGGGUGAACAGUUGGCUGAGGAGUCAGGCUCAGAGGGUUACAGUAAAUGGGGUUACAUCGUGCUGGUGGCUGGUCACUAGUUGGAUUCCCCAGGGCUCCAUUUUAGAGCCAGUUCUCUUCAAUGUUUUCAUCCAUGACUUGGUGUAUCUUCAAGUUCUGCAUCUAAGUGAGUUGUGCUAGAGACUAGCCUGGGAGGAGCUGCUCAAUCCCUGGAGGCUGGAGAGGCUUUGCACAGAGAUCUUGGCAAAUUGCAGGGGUGGGCAAUCAGCAACUGCAUAAAGUUCAACAGGAGGAAGUGCAAUCCUGGCUCUAUUUACAGACUGGGCAAUGAGAGGCUGGAGAGCAGCCCUGCAGAAAAGGAUGUGGGGCUUCUGGCUGAUGGCAAGUUUAACCUGAGUCAGCAGUGUGCCUGAGCAGCCAGAAGUACACUGGGGUACAACAGACCCAACACUGCCACCACGUGAGGGUAAGGGUUGUUCUGCUCUGCUGUGGCUGUGUAGCCUUAUCACGAGCACUGUGUGCAGGUUUGGGUGCCACAGUAUGAGAAAACCAUCAAACUGUCGGAGAGCAUCCAAAGGGGGGCUACAGAAUCCAAGGGAAUAGCAUGGAACCACAUAGGGGGAGAGUUACGUGCGGGUUAUGGAAAGGUUCUUCAACAGAGGGUGGUGGGUGUGGAACAGGCUGUCUGGAAAGCAGGAACUUGAAUUAACUUCAAUCCAGUCAGUGGCAAUACACGUGUAAAUCUCUCCUUUGCUGUGAUUUUUCAUAUGACAGUAUGUGUGAGCACUGCUAGGCCUUGUGCUCCUGCGCUCGCUUCUUUGGCCUGUGUGUAUCUGGUGUUGUCUCAUGCUUUCCUGAGAGAAAGCAGGCUCUUGUGAUUUAAGCAGAGCCUGCCCUUUGGCACGUCUGCACAAGUUUAUUGCAGAGGUGUCUAUCCAUAUAUUGUGGUUCAAAUAAUGUCCUGUUAUGGGGAAAUACCAGAAUUUAUUUUGAUAGAACUUCAAAUAGCUCAGUUGUAAAGAUCAAGAAUCCCCUAAAUUAAAAUUACUGUAUCAACUUUGGAAAAAAAUCACUUCCAACUUUCCAUCUAUUUUUUUCUUUUUUUUCUCACCUAUAGUAUUCCCAGCAGCCCCAGAUCUUGCAGCAAAAACCCCAAACCAAUGUAUAUCCAGAUGGCAGCACUUGAUAAAAGACAUGGAGUACUUCAGCCUUGUUUCUUGGUUUUUCCUCCCUUUGUAUAACGGCUUAAAGAGCUGCAGGUUUGCGGGGUUAUGAUUUUUGCUCAGUAUGAGAAGAUGACACAGCAGUAAAAAUACUCUGCCUAACCUUAUCACCACGUGUUUUAAUUGUGUGUUCUUACCCUUAACUCAUAACUUAUGCAGAUGUUUCUUUAA